AUGGAACCACCAAAGAAGCAAAUCAAGCUAGGGAGUAGUAGCUCCAAUGCAAGAGCAGCAAUACCAACUUCACCACAUUCCAUUGAUGCAAGUCAAGAACAUGUGGAGAGUCCAACAAGAGGAGAAGAUGAUUGGGCACUUGUAACCUUUGUUGGAGAACAAAUCCAAGACCCAAGAAAGUGCAAGAAGGCAAUGGAGAAGGUGAACAUCGAACCUUGUGUGAAGAUGGACACCCAAACCCUUGACCUUCUCAAGAUAAGAGAUGAUGUCACAUGGUACAUAAGGAAGCUAGGCUUGAGCAAGCUCUUCAAGCUAGAGUGUAAUAGGCGAUGCCAAUGGGCGCAUCUCAUCUCAGCUCUAUGCCAACUCUUUGGACUUCCCAAUGAGACAGCACAUGACUUCAAGGAGAACUCAAAGAGGAAACAAGCUGCCUUUGCUGAUUGGACACACUUUGCCAAUGAACCAUUCUUGCCUUCAAGAUCAAAGGUGUCUAGAAUCACUCAUCCAGCCAUUCGCUAUGUGCACCGCCUCAUCUCCACCACUUUCCAAUGCAAACAAGAAGCCAACAAGGUCACAACUGAUGAGUUCUACAUCCUCACCACACCAUUCAUCAAGCAUGAGUACAAGGCCAACCUUGGUCUUUUACUUGCCAAGACAUUUAUCAAUGUGAGGAAGCUAGCUAAAGACUUGGAAGGCAACAAGAAGCUUUGUGUUCGUUUUGGGAGGCUUAUCACGGCCAUAGUACAACAUGUGGGGAUUGACAUUCCCAACUAUGAGCCACUACCCAAGCCAACCCCUUUGGAUCUCCAUGCCCUUCAGCAUAUCCACUUCCUAAACCGUUGGACUAAAGACCCAACUCGGUUUUGCUAUGAGUUUCCAAUUGGUCCAGCCAACACUUCCCUUGUCUUGCUGCCACAUGAAGACAUCCCAAGCCUACGCUCAGGUGUUGUCACUUUCCAGCCCAAUGAGGAAGACUUCUAUGUUCCAUCAAGUGAGAAACCAUCAUUCCCCAUGCUCACCUAUCGCACACUUCAGCAUGCAGUCAAGACUCAACGCCGCCACCAAGAACGCCAUGUUCUCACUACUGGCAUGGCCGCGCAUCAAGCUCUAGACCGUGUUAACAAGCUGGAGAAGAUAGUGGAGUGCCAAUCUCGCUUCAUCUCACGCCUAGUUCGCGUAGUUCGCCACAUUGCACCGGAGAGACUCUUUCGCCCUUCUUCCACCGCUAGAGAGCCAUAUGAGCCUGACCUUGGUGAGUUCUCACUAGACUCAGAGCUUGGUUCAGAAGGCGAUGACCCCAUAGAUGAGGAAGAGAGUUCUUCUCACUGCCACACAUAG